CUCGUCUUUCCUUUUCUUAUUUAUAAAAAUUAUAAUAUAAGUUGUAAAAUUCCUGAUAUUUUUAUUAGUCUUAUUAGGUGUACAUUUGUUCUUUUUAAAAUAUAUUCAAAAGUGUAAUUGAAACAAUGCUAAUUCUUAAGCAGUUUACCACUCUAGUUGCAACGACUUGUAUUGAAUUAUUAGUACAAAGCGUGAAUGCUGCAUUACCAGAUCCCCGGUGGGGUCAUGCGGCAGUGCUUUUAAGAAACAACUUAUAUAUUUAUGGAGGAAAAGUGGGAUUGACUAGAGAAGCUGAUCUUAAUGAUACUAGCCAAAAUUCGAAUCAGCUUCUUAUGCUUAAUGUAUCAGACUCUUUCUCGGUAUCAGAUCCUGGAUGGAUGACACGUUUCGUGGGCCCAAACGUUGCAUAUCAUACACUUAGUAUAGGUGGAUCACAAAAUGAACUUUUAGUGUUAUAUGGUGGAGAAUAUGCAAAUUCAACUGAUGAACAAAUACUAGAAAAUCCAUUAUUUUAUUACGAUACUUUAAAUUCAUCUUCCGUUUGGGACAAUGCUGGCUUAAGUUUGGGAACACCACGGAUGUCACACACUGCUGUUACAAAAUUAGAUAAAUCCAUAAAUUAUUUUUUUGGUGGCAUACCUAAUGUGUCUAACUCUUUAAUUUCAUCACAAGUUCAAUUUCAGGAUUUAUUUAAAUUGGACACAAAAAAUAAUUUAUGGAGCCUCCAAGCUACAGAUCCAAAUACACCAUCAGGAAGAUUUCAUCAUACUGCAACGAUUCUUUCAGAUGGAAAAAUGUAUGUAAUUGGAGGGUAUUCCAAAGAUGAAUUGGUAGAUAUGAGUCAAAUUUAUGUUUAUGAUACAAUAAAUGCAAAAUGGGAUGUUCAGACUGCAGGUGGUAAGUUGCCAACAGCACGUAGAGCCCAUGUUGCCGUAGGAACACAUGACGGUAAAGUGAUCAUACAUGGUGGUGUUAACAUAAAUUAUAAUGUGUUAUAUGGGGAUGUUGCGGUUUUAGAUACAACACAAUCACAAUUUGUCUGGAGUUUAAAAGAAACAAAAGGAGCUGUUCCUCCAGCAAGAUAUUCUCAUACAGCUACCAUGGUUGGAACUAAUAUGUUGAUUGCGUUUGGGUAUUUAGCGAAUGAUGUUUCUGACAAUAACAUUUAUGUCCUUGAUACGACCACAUUCACAUGGAAAGAAAAUUAUACUCCAAAUAAUUUGGAUUAUACAAAUACAAUACCCCAUAGUGGCGUUUCACAGGAACCCUCGUCUUCAAAAGCUGGAACAAUAGCAGGAUCAGUAAUAGGAGUAAUAUCCUUUUUUUUGUUGAUUGGUGGUUUAUUUUUGUUUUAUCGUAGACGAAAGCGGAAUGCCUUUUACGCAGCACCUUAUUCGAGCACAGGGGAACAACCUUCAAAUCAAGAUAAAUCAAAAAAAUUUAGUAUAUCAUCUGGAUCCACUGCUGUUGAAGAAUUACCACGACUAAGCAUGGCUGGAACUUCAGAGAAUGGUGCACAUGGAAAAGAUUAUACUACGAUAUUAGAAGAAAGGAUGAUGGAUAGUGAUGUUCAGCAGUCAAAUUUUUUGAUUGUUCCCAAAUCGACACUACGUGUUACAAAUCCAGACAACAAUUAAGCUGAAUUUAAUUUAAUAUCUAACGUAAAUGCAGGGUGUGUCAUAUAAUGAUGACAAAUAUCAAAAAAUGACGAUGUCAUAUCAACAUCCUAACCUUGCCAAACGUAACUCCGCAGUGCAGGAUGCAUUCGAAUUCUCUUGAACUUUUUAUAUGUAAAUUAUAAUUUGUAUUUUAUAAUCUAAAAUAAUGUAUUUUAAUAAUAUUUUUCCGUUAACCCUAUUAAACCUAUAACCCUGAUAUCUAAAAAUGUUUGUUACGUAAUUAACGUAACGCGUUAACGCGUAGUACCUUAUUUAGCAUAAGACUAUUUGUAAUAACCAAGUUUGGCACGUAAAUCAUCAUCCCGCCCACUCACCUGCCAACUCCCCAAAAGUUCAAC